AUGCAGAUGCUAGACGAGAAGAGCGACAACGACGUCGAAGUGACGUGGGAAGAUCAGCAAAGCAUCAAUCGCUUCAGCCGACUUCAUGCCAUGUUUUCCGAUUUGGAAGACGAAAUUAAGGCGCGUCGCAGAGAGCGUGAAGAUCUGGAAGAUCUGAAUUUGGAGCUCGAGUUGAUGGACGAUGAAACGAUUCUUUACAAAAUUGGCGAUACCUAUGUACACAUGCCGCAAGCUGAUGCUCUUGCUCAGCUCGAGAAAGAUACCCAACGCGCCGACGAAGAGCUCGCGCAUCUGCAGGCACAAAUGGACGAAUGCGAGCAAGGCAUGGAAGAACUGAAAGUCAAGCUGUAUGCGCGCUUUGGUAACAACAUCAACUUGGAACGCUAA